AUGAAUCAAACCUCUGAGAAUUUACCCUGGAUUGAAAAGUACAGGCCCGAGACCCUAGAUGAUGUGUACGGACAACGAGAAAUCGUUGGAACAGUUCGAAAGUUCGUGAAAGAGGGCAAAUUACCACAUCUGUUGUUUUAUGGGCCUCCCGGGACUGGUAAAACCUCGAUGAUUGUGGCUUUAGCAAGGGAGAUAUACGGGAAUAAUUACAGAAACAUGGUGCUUGAGCUGAAUGCAUCGGACGAUAGAGGAAUCGAUGUGGUUAGAAACCAAAUCAAGGAAUUCGCAUCUACUCGUCAAAUCUUCUCAAAGGGCUUCAAACUGAUUAUCUUGGACGAAGCAGAUGCUAUGACCAAUGCUGCACAGAACGCAUUGAGACGAAUCAUCGAAAAAUACACCAAGAACACGCGGUUUUGUAUUCUGGCUAACUACGCGCAUAAGUUGACACCCGCGCUUUUGAGUAGAUGCACUCGGUUCAGGUUUCAGCCUUUGCCUAUUGAAGCCAUUGAAAAGCGCGUAAAUAAAGUUCUGAUACUGGAGAAUUUGAAACUAAGCCCAGAAGCAAUGACAGCGCUAUUAAAGCUUGCCAAGGGAGAUAUGAGAAGAGCUUUGAAUGUCUUGCAGGCAAGCAAAGCAACGUUGGAUGAUCCAAGCACCGAACAAGUAACAGAAGAUACUAUCUACGAGUGUAUCGGUGCUCCUCAUCCUCAGGACAUAGAAACUGCACUAGAGUCAAUGCUAAAAGACGAUUGGGGAACUGCUUUUUUCACGGUAAACAAAAUAUGCACCGCUAGAGGUUUGGCUUUGAUUGAUUUGAUCGAGGGAAUAGUGGAAGUUCUGGCAGAAUAUGAGCUAAAGCCGGAGACGCGAACACAGCUAUUGAGCAGGUUGUCAGAUGUUGAGUAUGCGAUAUCUAAAGGUGGUAACGACAGGAUACAAAGCAGCGCUGUGAUUGGCGUAGUUAAAUCUAGUUUCGAGUUUGAAGCUUAA